UGUUGCGACAGUCUUUUGCAAAAUAUGCGGUGAAGUAGUGUGGUAGUAUGUGCGUGGUAUGGCAGUAAAUAAUAAUUAAAGUGUUGGUGGAGCAAUAUCACCUAGGAUGGGAUUUGCGUGCACAAAUAUGAGAAAUGAACUGAAAGAAGGGAAAGUAGAGACACCAGCUGUAUGUCAUCAGGUCAGAAUCAGGUGUCAGAGGAGAAUGGCAGACAGCUCCAUAAUUCGUACCCACUAUAAGAACUACCAAUUUGAGCUGUAAAGGUUUGCAAACCUGCAUGAGCACCUAGUAGUGAUUUAAUGGCUGCCUAUAUAAAUCGCUCAUUGUCUCAAAUGGCUGGAGAUGGCCCUUCAAUAAGGGGGUCAUCUUUGGUUGGAGGGCCUGGUGGUGAUACAAGAAACUUACAUGACUCAACUUCUCCACUACAGAUAUUCGUCAAAGCCAAAAAGAAGAUCAAUGGAAUAUUUGUGGAAAUUGAAGACUAUGUCAGGAAUACAGCUUCAUAUAUGCAAAGUCUGGAAAAGGAACAAAAUAUUAUCCAGCCAGAAGAAAGGGUGCAGGUGGAAAGUUACAUUCAAAAAGUUAAAGGCAUUAGAGAUGUCCUCACAAGGGAUCACAUGAAAGUGGCCUUUUUUGGAAGGACAAGUAAUGGGAAGAGCACGGUGAUAAAUGCCAUGUUAAGAGACAAGAUCCUACCUAGUGGCAUUGGUCAUACAACCAACUGUUUUCUACAAGUUGAAGGAUCAGAAAAUGGAGAAGCGUACCUUGUGACUGAAGACUCAAAAGAGAAGCAGAAUGUAAAGUCUGUUGGACAGUUGGCACAUGCUCUCUGCAAAGAACGUUUGGGUGAAAGUACACUUGUCAGAAUAUUCUGGCCAAAAGAUAAAUGCCUUCUGCUGAGAGAUGAUGUAGUAUUUGUGGACUCACCAGGUAUUGAUGUGUCACCAAAUCUUGAUGAGUGGAUUGACCGUCACUGCCUUGAUGCAGAUGUCUUUGUUCUUGUUGCCAACGCAGAAUCUACUCUUAUGGUUACGGAGAAAAACUUCUUCCACAAAGUCUCAACUCGACUCUCUAAGCCAAAUAUUUUUAUUUUGAACAAUCGAUGGGAUGCCUCAGCUUCAGAACCUGAAUUUUUGGAUCAGCGCAAUGAACAGAGUGAGGUAAGAGGACAACAUAUGGAACGAACAGUUGAUUUUCUUGUGAGAGAGCUGAAAGUUUGUUCCCUGAAGGAAGCUAAUGAGAGGAUAUUUUUUGUGUCAGCUAAGGAGGUCUUACAAGCAAGGCUGAUGGAACAAAAGGGACAACCUGCUCAUGCUGGUGCUCUGGCAGAAGGAUUUCCUACGCGAUACUUCGAAUUUCAGGAUUUUGAACGAAAGUUUGAAGAAUGCAUUUCUAAAAGUGCAGUGAAAACAAAAUUUGCACAGCACUCCCAAAGAGGAAAACUUAUUGCUUCAGAGAUACACACAGUAAUGGAUGGUGUCUAUGAGCGUGCUGAGCAGUUGAAAUCUGAAAAAGCUCUGGCAAAAAAGGAACUUUAUGACAGACUUAACUACACGGAACAGCAGCUGCGAAUGAUUACUCAGGAAAUGAAGGAAAAAAUACACCAGAUGGUUGAAGAUGUAGAGCAAAGGGUCUCAAAAGCACUCAGUGAAGAAAUUCGUCGUUUGUCUGUCCUUGUGGAUGAGUUCAACUUACCAUUUCAUCCAGAACAAUUGGUUCUCAACGUGUACAAGAAAGAACUGCAUGCUCAUGUGGAAAAUGGACUGGGUAGCAAUCUUCGUGCACGGCUUUCUACAGCAUUGGCCAUGAACAUUGAGAACAGUCAACGAGAAAUGACAGAAAGAAUGUCAUCGCUCCUUCCUCCAGAGAAAAAACAAGUAUCAUUAAGUGUCCUACCCCGUAGGGAACCUUUUGAGAUACUGUAUCGGCUCAAUUGUGAUAACCUGUGUGCAGAUUUUCAUGAAGAUCUGGAAUUUCGGUUUUCAUGGGGCAUUACAGCAUUGAUAAAUAGAUUCACUGGCAAACAAGGACAUCGAAUUGCAUUACACAAUUAUGCUCACAUGGUACCGCGUGACAUUCUUUCUCCAUCAGAGACCUUGGAUGUUGCACAGAUAAAAUUUCCUACUAACCAACCAAGCGAUGAUUGGUCUAUCCCAUCUAGGUUACUGAUGGCAUCCAUUGGUUCACAAGGCACAAUGGGUGGACUUCUGGUUGCUGGGUUUUUACUGAAGACUGUAGGCUGGCGACUUAUACUGGUGACGGGAGCAGUGUAUGGUUGCCUGUACUUAUAUGAAAGAUUGACGUGGACCAACAAAGCAAAAGAGCGUGCAUUCAAAAGGCAGUAUGUUGCACAUGCUACAAAGAAACUCCGGCUUAUUGUUGAUUUGACUUCUGCCAACUGCAGUCACCAAGUACAACAGGAGCUUUCAAGCACAUUUGCUCGUCUUUGUCACCUAGUGGAUGAGGCAUCAACUGACAUGGAUGAGGCCAUAAAGUCACUUGAGAAAGAGCUCAGGUCGUUGGAGGAGGCAGCUGCGUCUGCUAAGAGUUUGCGUAAUAAAGCAAAUUACCUUGCACAGGAGCUAGCUAUGUUUGAAGAGACUUACCUGCAGUGUGAUAAUUAAUAGAUUAUUAUUACUUAGGCACUUAUAUAAAUGUGCAGUUAACAGCAUGAAACACUCACUACUAGUCACCGGCGAUUAACAGUUAAUAGUACCCAAGCAGUAAGUGGCUUGGGACUUAACACAUAUAUCAUUGUGAUAUGUUUCAAGUUGUAAGCUGUGCAGUGCUUGGUGGUGACUUCUGUUAAAAAACAUAAUGUCAUCGCUGUUUCGCUGCACAUGAUGGCCCUGUUAUAAUUGUUAGUCUGCUCAUAGCAGAUUCUGGAAAGAGUCAUAGAUUAUGUGUAGCAUAAACUGAAUGCACAGUUUGAAUAAAGUACAAUAACCAUGUCUUACAAAUCAGAGUCCAGUUUGGAUAUCCUGUGGUCAAUAAGGAUAUCACAACAUGAUUAUCUUGCUUUAUUGGUCACCAUUGUUAAAUCAUGAUGUAUAAAAAUUCAUCUGUAUUUAUUCAUAAAUGUAUAUUGUUAAAACUUGUCAUUUUGUGAUUUAUCGUAUGUUAGUAAAAAAGCUUGAAUCUAUGAUAGGUUGUCUGUUUACCUAUAAAUUAAGUAUACCAUUGGGUGUGCUCUGUACAGUUGUUGAUGUGGUCUUCAGUUCUGUAUCUGAUGAUGUUCUGUGAUUUCUGCCUUGGGAAGAAAUAUUUAUAAAUCCAUUUUCUGUAUACAGAGUUGUAAUAUUUGUGACAAUAUUUGUACUACACUAGUAUUAAUGAGCAUAAAAUAACAUAAUUUGACAGGUGUUCAGUAAGUUAGGAAUGGAGAAUUUGAUUUGAAGCUGAGUGUUCCUAAGGCAUCUGUUCUUCAGAAGAUUAAAAGUCUAAUAAUUGAAUUUCAUGAAGUGCUCAUUAUCAUUUUGUAUGAGAUUAACUUUAAUCAUCAGUACUGUUCACUCAAUAUUUUGCCAUUAAGUAUUUACCCACCACACACACACACACACACACACACACACACACACACACACAGUGUCAGACUACAGUGCCUUAAAUGUCUCAUAAAACAUCAGAAUGCAUAGUAUGUCAAUGAAAUAUUGUUUUCAUUAGUCCUUGAUAGAAAGCAUACUUAACAAAAUUACUUGCAAAUAUGAAAUAUGGUGAUUUUAUUUAAAGCUAUAAUUUCUUAUGGUUAGUACAAAGUAUUUGUUUUAUCACCUAAGGACCUUACUGGUUAAACAGUGUUCAUACAACAACAUUUAAAAGCAGUAGUGAGUAAAAGUAAAUAAAUGGUGUUUGUAUGAAAAGUAAUACUCAUUUUGUCACUAAGGUUUUUUUCUAAAUAAAUUGCAGAAGCAGAUUUUCUUAAUUACAGAAUUAAUAAGUAAUACACACAAACAUUUCAUUAAAGGAACAGGAUUAUUUUUUUUGGCAGCUGAGGUAGAUUUUUAGAUUUUGUAGAAUGUUUUUAAUAUUUCAUUCUAAUUAAUAAUAGCUGACAGCUUUGUUUGUAGCUGCAUAUGCAAGUCAUGGUAUUUGUAUUUUAUUCUUUAACAUUGUUUAGGCUACAAAGGAUAUGUUCCAUGUAGCAUAUUGUAAGAAUUAUCUUGGCAGUAAUGUCAAAAAAGGAGUGUUACAAAUAGUUUAUGAAAGACUUGCAAAUAAAGUUAUCUCGAGGCACACUAGGAAACAGACAUUUACACUUGAUAAUUCUAUCCAUCAUACUUAGUUGUAGGAUAAACCAUUAUUUGUACAUGAGCAUGAUUAAAACCUGAAAAUUCUAUACUUGUAUUACUGUUUUCAAAAACGGGUAAAUGAAAAGGAAGAAAAACAAGAAGUUAGACGAGAGUGAGAGCACUGUAAUAGAGUAAGUUAAUUUGGAACAUAUUUAUUGUUGUAUAUAUGAAAAAUAUUUACACACACACAAUUAUAUCUGUAAACAAUGGAUUUCAGUGCUGAACUUGGGAGUUGUUAGGGGAUCUCUCUCUCUCUCUCUCUCUCUCUCUCUCUCUCUCUCUGCAUAAAUAGACUUUCGCUACAUUAAAUUAGGAGACUGUGGAAUAUUUGCUUCAACACAUUAGGAAUUUGCUAGCCACAGCAGGCCAAACAGAGCCUGCGGUUAGAAGUAUGUGGCAGUAACAUCACUGUGGUAUGUUGCUAAGUUCUCAUAUAUUUAAAAGUCUUACAGUUCCAUAUCUUUAUGUGUGGAACACCAGCAUCUUCUUUGCAGAAUUUUAUUCUGUAGUAGUUAAGGGGAAUAGAGCCACUUAAAAAAAAAAAAAAAAGAAAAAAGAAAAAAAAAAUACAGUA